UACACUGUUAACUGGUUGAAGGGGGGGGGGUCCGUUUGAUAUGAAAAUGAAGAGGGACUUUGGUUGUCGUUACUGAUGUGGUAAUUGUUUUCUACAGGAGUUGUUGCAGUCCAGAAGAUGUGAUUGGUGUGUGAUAAUGGAGAGGGACAUUAACGGUCGACUGAAUGAGAGCCAGUAAAGGUGUAAGUAUUGAAGUUGUAGCUAUACUUUGUUUUAAUGUGAAGAGUAUAGUAUUUGUAACACGACGUAUUGUUUUUCCUGUUUUCAUGUUGCCGUUGGAGGAAUAUGGGCGAAUUGUUGAGAGGAGUACGUCGACAUUGGAUACUGUGAUGUAAAAUUGCGCAAUGUAUUAUUUGAAGGUUGUGGAGGUGGAAGUGCAGGUAUUGACUAAUUGGACUACUGAUGGGCCGGAUUGGAGUUUUUGGAAUGGUAGGUGGCAGUGAUGGUGGAAGAGGCAGUGGUUACUCGGCGACGGAGAUGGGAGCGAAAGGAGUGUAGCGAUGGGGUGAAGUCGCUUUGGCCAAGUUGCCGUCGAGGAUUACGUGUGUCUGUGACCGGGGUGUAUGGAGCCGAGAUGUUGUCGUUUGAACGUAUAGCCGUCGUCCCUGUGAUUGGAGCCGAGAUGAUGUCCUGUGAACGUCUAGCCGUCGUCCCUGUGACUGGAGCCGAGAAGAUGAUGUCCUGUGAACGUCUAGCUGUCGUCCCUGUGACUGGAGCCGAGAAGAUGAUGUCCUGUGAAUGUAUAGCCGUCGUCUUGGUGUAUGGAGCCAAGA